UUCCUUCCUGCCCGCCCAGCGACAGCUGCCUCCCUAAUGUCACCACCAGGGCCUCAAGCAGGACGGUUCGGGCCACCGAGCGGGCUGUCCUGCCCGAAGCCCUCGCAGGUAAGUGGCCGUCCUUGUGACCCAGGGACCGAGAGGAGGCCAGCUUCUGUCCCCUGCAGAAGCCGGGCUUGGCCAGGGGACGUUGAUUCGCAGUGGGAGUCUGGUCUUGCACGCAGACGCUGGGGGACCCUGAGCAAGUCACUUGCCCUCUCUGGGCCCCAGUUCUCCCACCGCAAGCGUCGGCCAACGCCCGGGCUGGGGACUCGCCACGUCCCACGGUCACGAGCCCAUUUCGCAGACGAGAAAACUGAGGCCCCCAGAGGGCAGCCACCGUCUCUGCAGCCAGCCUGCCCGAUGCACGCCUGGGGGACGCUGCUUUUGCUCUGGGUCGCCGCGGAGGCCACCGAGGAUUGCCCGUCCCCGUGCACCUGCCGGGCCCUGGAAACCAUGGGGCUGCUGGUGGACUGCAGGGGCCGGGGGCUGGUGGCCCUGCCCGAGCUGCCCCCCAACACCCGCCACCUCCUGCUGGCCAACAACAGCCUGCGCUCGGUGCCCCCCGGGGCCUUCGACCACCUGCCCCAGCUGCACACGCUCAAUGUCACCCAGAACCCCUGGCACUGCGGCUGCGGCCUCACCUACCUGCGCCUCUGGCUGGAGGACCGCGCCCCCGAGGCUCUGCUGCAGAUCCAGUGCACCAGCCCGGAUGUCCCCAAGCUCUGGCCGCUGGGACAGCUCACCGGCUACGAGCUAGGGGGCUGCGGGUGGCGGGUCCGGACCCCCUGGGCCUCCCCGGGGCUGCACUGGGACUGGGCGCUGGUGGCCGUGGCCACCCUGGGGCUGGCCCUCCUCGCCGGGCUGCUGUGCCUCUCCGCAGAGCCCCUGCCCUGAGCCAGGCCCGGGUCCCCAAAGCCGCUCCGGUGACCCCGCGCGGCCCCGAAUAAACUGCUUUGCUCAAGCUCA